AUGUGGAAAUUAGUUCAAUCAGGACUGUCGGUAGUUGCUGGAACCGCCGAACCGGAAUUCGGACCGGACUCAAUUCAUCCAGUCUGUUCCAAUCUGUCUGAAGACGAGCCUCUGUACUCUCCUUUGUCACCAAAAGACUUGGAGUAUCAAGUGCCGAGCCACACCUGUGUGGAGACCCAGACAUUUUACUUCAACGAUGGCGUAUACGCUGGUUUUGCCCAGGUGAUUCACUCGAAUUUAGUUGGUUUGCAUACAACGGCUCAGUUUACCUUCAAAGUCUUCAAAAAGAGCAAACCUGAUGCCUAUGUCUGGACCUCCACCAAGUUGGAGAACUUCACGGCUGCCGGUGCCAACUUCUACGCUGAUAAUCUAUCCGUUGAAGUUGAUGAUGCGCAUAAAGUUUACCGUAUCAAAUCAUCCGUUAAUCCUGCAAGCAUUGUUGACUUGACUUUCGAGCUUAUUGGCGAAAGCGUGAAAUUCGGAAAGGACGGUACCACCUACUAUGGGACGGAUCUUGCCAGGCCAUGGGGAGCAAUGAGGCACAUCUUCUGGCCUCGUUGCAAAGCCUCCGGAACUCUCAAGCUGGAAGGAAACCAGCAAUUUGAACAGGAUGUCACUCUGAACUCGGGACUCGGAAUGUAUGUUAUGGCUCUUCAAGGCAUGAAGCCACAUCAUGCUGCCGCGGCAUGGAAUUUCUUGAACUACCAGUCCGAGAACUAUUCAGUCGUCGUGAUGGAGUUCACCACUCCUAAAUCGUACAAUACUACCACUGUUAAUGUUGGCAUUGUUACAGACAAGGAUGGAAAAAUCCUUCUGGGAUCGAUUGACAACACGACGAAGCAUCUCAAGACAUACACAGACACUGUUUCUGGCUGGAACGUUCCUGAAGAAAUCGAGUUUACUCUGAGGGGAAAGGACCUAGAAGUUCAGGUUUCAGGUGCCCUUACGCACUUGAUUGAGCGUGUCGAUGUCAUGAAUGAGCUGCCUCAAUUUGUGAAGAACAUUGCUAGCGGAGUGGCCGGCACAAAGCCCUACAUCUUCCAGUUUAGCAACGAACUUGAUUUCAAACUCAUUAAAGAUGGAAAGGUUGAAAGCGCUGAAACAGGCUACGGAUACACCGAGACAACGUUCAUCAGCGAUGUCAUUAAACCAUCAAACUAA